AUGCUCGUCACUCAACCCAUUCGUCCACGGCCGAUCAAGACUCGGUCAAGAGCAGGGUGCAAAUACUGCCGUGACAAGAGAAAAAAGUGCUCAGAAGAACGUCCACAAUGUCUUCGUUGUGUGCAGGCCGGUAUAGUCUGUGUCUACGAGCCUAUAAAGAAGAGGAAGAGAAGAAUUUCGACCAGGCCAGUUGACACUCAAGACUCUAUGGCGUCAGACGACUCAAGUAGCCCGACGGGCGGCAACACGGACUUCCAGACAAGCCCAGAUACGAAUAUUGUCACUCCACCCGAUGUCUUACAACUAGGUGUAGAAGAAACUUUGUCCCCAACUUCGGCCGUAGAAAGCAGUUAUUCUACUUCGAUAAAUUCGGCAUUUGCAUUAUCCGAAGACCUCGACGACACAGGCAGCUAUGAUUUCGGCUAUGAUGACUCACAACAUUUUGAGGACGGGUUCGAGUUGAUGGGGGAUCUGGGUUGUCAGAAAGCAGCUGAAGCCCACCUCCCGCUCUCUCUUGCGACUUUAGACCAGAGUUAUCAGCAGCCAACAGAUGGAUCCUUUUUCAGCGCCAGUUUCGACGUAUCUUGGAAUGAGCAAUCAUGGUCAACUGCAUCCCCGCCCUUGCUGGACCUGCUCCCGCCGACCGGUCGUAACAUCUUUGAUUUACCAGAGAAUACCGGCUUGUUAGACCACUACUCCAAGGUCAUGCUCCCGACAAUGGGGAGUUCCGCCGUUCGAAGUGCGAUCUACGCGUUGGCCAGCGCACAUCGUGAAUAUAGCGGUCUUGAGACGACGGAGGGAUCUGCAUGUUUUCAUGAAAGAGCCGUGGCUGGUCUGUCUGCGAUUAUCGAGGAUGGAGAUGGGUUCGAAGAAGCUCUGGCGACGAUCAUCUUACUCAUUCAGUACGAUCUGGUUCUACAGCGGAGCUCGGACAAAGUGGUGUAUAAUCAUCUUCAAGGCGCCCGCCACAUCAUUUGUGCCAUGCCAUCCCCCAAGCCUGCGAGUGUGUUGUUCUUCGACCAGGUGUUUCGCUACUUUGAUGUACUCAAUGCCUUGACGAACGGCACGUCUCCUGUCUUCGCAGCUCCCUCAAGUCGAGCCUACUCGCCAAGUACACCGCCACCAUUCAUCAUCCCUGGUGGAAUCGAUCCAGUGUUGGGAAUGGCCGAUGAUCUUUGGCCCACUCUGCACCGUCUCGCAGAGCUCAUGGCGAUGAAACGCGAGCUUCAAGCCGCCACAGCGAUGGGACAAACAUCUAAGUUCGCCGUCCUGCGUACCGAAUACCAAACGGCAUACAAGGCAAUAGAGAAGGCCCUGGAGUCGUGGGGUCCGACACUGCCACCAGGCUUUUCCCUGGUUAACCGUAUCGUCGACGGCCCCGAAACCGCAUCAGAAGUCGAGCUUGCCAACAUCCGGUGGAUCACAAGCACGGCACUCGCAUACAGACAGAGCGCCCUGGCCUUUCUUUACAGCAACGUUUCGGAAUACCCUUCAUCACAUCGCCUCGUACAGAAACACAGUCAGGCCGCUUUGUGGCACUGUGCGGCGUCAGUGUCUCAUGGCGGAGCAGGACUUUCCAUGCUGUGGCCGCUCUUCUUCUCUGCUCGUCAUGCCAUAUGCAGCAGGGACCGAGGCUUGGUGCGUCAGGCGUUCACUGCCUUUGGCAGCAAGAAAGGUGUGGUCGACACGGAAAAGCCGUGGGCUGUUGUCAUGGACGUGUGGAGAAGGAUAGACAUGCGAGCAUACGGCAAGGAGCAAGUGGGUUCUGAGGCCUGUCCAGACUUGUGGAGGCAAGUUGCGGCAAGCAUGAAGUUUGGCCUUGUGUUUGGCUGA